AUGUUUAGAAUUAAACUAGAAAAAAUCACUGUUCAAAAUAUUGAUUUAGUAAAAAAAAUGAAUGAAUCUUUAUUUCCCAUUGAAUACUCGCACACCUUUUAUAAAUACAUUCUAGACACCACUUGUACAAAAGGGUUUUUUUUCAUAUUUAGAGACUGUAAAAUAGGCGUAUGUACAUUUUCAAUUAGAGGAACAUUACACAAUAAAUCAAUAAACGAGUGUUACAUAAUGACAUUUGGCAUUUUAGACAAAUAUAGAAAUUUAGGAUUUGGUAGUAAAUGCAUAGCUUUAUUAGAAAAUUAUGCUGUAGAGAAUUACAAUGUUAAGUCUUUUAAGCUUCAUGUCCACACAAGCAAUUUUAAGGGGAUAAAUUUCUAUAAAAAGAAUUUUUAUAAAAUAACAGAACUAGAAAUGAAUUAUUAUAAAAAUAUUGAACCAUGCUCGGCUUAUUUAUUUGUAAAAAUUUUGUGA